AUGAGGAAGCUCUUCAGCUUCGGGGGACGCCUGGGCCAGGCGUUCCGGGGCUCCACCGACGACGAGUACUCCGGUCCCGGGUACCACGUCCGGGACUGGGAGCUGCGGAAGAUGCACAGGGCGGCCUUCCGGGGCGAUGCUGCGGCGGUGGAGCGCUGCCUGAGGGGCAGGAGCCGGGAUGUGGACGCCCGCGACAGGAAGGACAGGACUGCUCUGCAUUUGGCCUGUGCUUAUGGCCAUGUGGAAGUUGUCAGUCUGUUAGUGAGCAGACAAUGCCAGAUUGACAUCGGUGACAGACUUAACAGGACACCUUUAAUGAAGGCUGUACACGGCCAGGAGGAGAAUUGUUCCAUUUCUCUGCUGAAACACGGUGCCAAUCCAAGCAUUCAAGAUGUCUACGGCAACACUGCCCUUCAUUAUGCUAUAUAUAAUAACGGGACUUCACUGGCAGAAAAACUUCUUUCCCACCGUGCAAAUAUUGAAGCAAUAAACAAGGAGGGAAACACACCUCUUUUGCUAGCUGUAAUUUGCAAGAAACAGCAAAUGGUGGAAUUUUUGGUAAAAAAUGGGGCAAAUGUACAUGCAGUUGAUAAUUUCAGAAGAACAGCCCUCAUGCUUGCCGUCCAUCAUAACUUUCCAAGCAUAGUCAGAUUUCUCCUUGAACAAAAUAUUAACAUCUUUUCUCAAGAUAUAUUUAAACAAAAUGCAGAAGAUUAUGCUAUUUGUUGUGAUAUGAUAAGCAUUCAACAACAAAUUUCAGAACAUAAAAAUAAGAUACUUAAAAAUCGUCUGAGAAACAACAAUCGAG